AUGUCUCGAUCCGACACAUCUUGUCACUGUUGUGCAUCACAACCAGGCGUGCAGUCUAAUGGAACAACGCACUCCCUGAUCGUCCUUAUGUUGUACACCAGUUUUGCCCGCAUAAAAGACGUUCCCGUGAGGAGAAAGGGGAAUGGUGCGAUCUGUUAUCAGUUGAAAAUUUUUACGGCUGCCUUGUUCUUCCGGAUCAUUCUCAAACGUCAGCUGAGCCGAACACAAUGGUUCGCUCUUGUUCUCCUGUUUAUUGGUGUCUCCAUGACUCCAGUGAGUGACGCAACCGAGUCAUCCUCGUCCUCCUCUUCAUCCGCCGCCGCCGCAUCUCUCAGCAAGCAUGAGAUUGCAGCUCCAGUCAUGAAGCAAUUGCUCGCCCUGGCCUCGGUGAUUGCAGCUUGUAUGUGUUCCGGAUUUGCGGGUGUGUAUUUUGAAAAAUUGCUCAAAGGUAGUCAUAAAAGUGUGGCUGUGCGAAACAUCCAGCUGGCGUUCUACGGAGUCACAGCCGGUCUACUCACUGUGUUCAUCAAAGACGGGGCCAACGUGCAAGAGCACGGAUUCUACUUCGGUUACGAUGGUGUUGUAUGGGCUUCGGUUUUGAUUCAGUCAUUGGGUGGGCUGUUGAUUGCUGCGACCAUUCGAUAUGCGGACAAUAUUAUGAAAGGAUUUGCUCCAUCCGUUGCCAUCGUGCUCACAUUUAUCCUAUCCAUAUUCUUUUUCCAUUUCUCUCCCACUUGGACAUUUGUAUGCGGUGGGCUGUUAGUUGUGGUAGCCACAGUACUUUACUCCCUCUGUCCACCACCGAAACUGGUCGCUGGAGCCACACCAACAGAAGUACCGUCCACAAAACCUACACGCUCAUAG